AUGACUCUUGGUUAUGCGAAGGACCUGGUCGCUGGUGGUGAAAGCAGCCGGAUUGCCGACUUCAACAAGAGCCGCUUCUGGCGCAACCGAUUUGCAAGGCUUUUCCCGAUGUACGUGCUGACCAAUGCUCUUUUCUUCAUGAUGCAGCGCAUCUUUAUCAAGGCAAAUGGGCAUGGCGGAUCGUUGUCCUUCCUCUCAUCGCCAUACUGGGACUUCAACUUGGUGCUGACGGCUCUGGGCCUCAACAUGUGGGUCUUUCCCAUCACUGUCUGGCUUCCGUCCGAGUCUCAAAUAGAGCUACCAAGCAACUUCGUGACCUGGACAGUGCAAACCAUGGCCGUCUUCUACAUCGUCUUCCCGAGCAUGCUCUCAUGGCUGCAGAAUGUCCAGCGACGACGUCUGAUGGUGCACCUACUCUUCUGGCUCCAGGCCGUGACCUUCAUGUCCCUUGUCUGCAUCGGCCUCUUUUGGAUGAACAACUUCGAAUGGGCCUACUGGAGUGCCAGAGCUUGGCCGUUGAGCCGGAUCCCAGUCUUCGCAAUGGGUUGCCUGGCAGCUGUGGAGCGGAUCCAUGGCGGAGGUCACCUGACCGCUCUUUGCCGCCUUCCCCGGCGCUGUUCUGCAGAGUCGGAGGGUGCGAGGUGGGGAUGGCGCGCCACUGCCUUGGGCGUCGGGUACCUCCUUGUGCUGGCUUUAGGUAUUACAAUCAACUCUGUACCGUUGAAGGAUUUCCGGUUGCUGCAACUCCGCGAGGGCUUGGUCCGUGCAAGCUGGGAGGCAUUCGUCCCCCUGCUUUUCAUCGACUUGAUCCUGGCAUUGACGCAGUGCGGUAACAAUGGACCUCUGGCAAAGCUUUGCCGAAGCAAGCCGAUGGAGUUCAUGGGAGACAUAGCCAUGGCCUUCUACAUGGUGCACUUCAUGGUGCUGGGCCUGGGUACCAGCCUCUGCGCUCGCCUCUUCCCCCCGAAGGAUCCGACACCCAUGUAUUCGGCGACGCCAUGGUGGCUGCUUGGCACAUGUUUCCUCUUGGCCCUGUUCUUCG